CGGAUUGGGUGGCUUUAACUGUCUCGGAGAGACCAGACAUCCUUGGAACACUCCAUAUUCGAUGACUAUUGCCUACUUCUUAUUCACAAGUAGAGACCUGCAUCGAAGUUGUUUCUGAAGGUAUGGCUGAAGAAAAACGUUUGAAGCAAGCGGCUCUCUAUGCCACUAGUAUACACCACGUUCGAUUGGACAAGCCAUGUGUAUACAGGCUUUACGCUGGGAAAACACAUUAUUUUGUCAUCUGGAGCGGCCCAGUUGCUGCUUACCGAUCACCGGGACAGUUGUACUCGGAGUCCCAAGCCCUCAAAAAAUACGUCGCGUCCCUCUAUAAUGCACCCCCGUCGCGCAUCACCUCAUCUCCUGAUGCUACUCGUGCUGGCUUCUUCUUGUUAUCAGAUAACGCAGGCUUAGAGGGACUCUAUCGCUGCAUAUUUCCGGGAAUUCCUCACACUCGCUGCACGCGUGUGUAUGCGCAAGUGGGCCCUCCCGUAGCCCAAGGAGCCCCCAUAAUUUACAAACAGGUUAUGGGUCGACUGGAUGGAGGAGAUCCGGUUCACCAUGAAAUGGAGAUACUCGACCGUAUCCACAAGGAUGGCUAUGUCGCAGGGGUUGUUCGAGGCGUUGAGUUCGAUGGGGAACCCAUUACUAUCGACGUUGGCAUCUGGGACUCGGACGAACUGAACCAAUGGAAUGUCGAUAAAAUGCAUGGACAAGUGGCCUCCCGAAGAAGUUCUGCAAUGAUCUACCUGGACACUGGUGUGUCAAUCUCACAAGGGAGGACUGUCUUGGAUCUACUUGCAGGAUUCUUCGAUAUUGUGGAAGAGUUACGUUAUAUUGUUGAACGCCAUGAAGUUGUCCACCGUCACAUCAGCCCCUCAAACAUAUAUAUAUAUGUAAAGAGCGUAACGCCCCAGAACCCAGCUGGUUUUGCUGAGAACAUGCUGAAUCCUUCGGACAACCAACCAACCUUCAUAAACACAUAUCUUGACCCCGACAACAGGAAUCAGCCUAGGGGUCUGGUUGGUGAUCUGCACAUGGCCGCUAGCUACUGGCCUGAUGACAAUCAAGCAGCAGAGAUUCUGAGACAGUUCAGUGGAACCCCACUGUAUUCCCCCCGAGCAAUUUUGUCAAGGUCUUGGGCCCCUUCACCUCAGAGAUUCCGGCCCAUGCCCGAGCUUCAAGGUGAGGUGCUCCACACGUACAAUAUGCUGUUUGGCGUUGGCGCAUAUGAGGCCGGUCAGGAGGAUUAUGAUAACAACAACAUUCACGAAUUCGGUUCGCUGCAAAAUCCACCAUUAUAUCGCCCACGACACGAUAUCGAGUCUCUUGUUUGGGUCAUUGUCGACACUCUGCUCCAUGCAAAGCCUGAAGGGAGUGAUGAUUCUCCAUUAAUGGAAUUAGCCAGGUUUGAGCAGACACUCAAUUCAAGGAGGUACCGUGAUGUCGACAUGUCGACACUUUUAUUCUUUUUGCCUUUGGAUUGGUGGAAAGGAGCGCUUCAUCCAGAAUUAGGGCCAGUUCUUGGUGAACUGCUUCAUAACAUUGCCUUGCAGGUCGGUCCAGAAUAUGAAUACCUAAUCGAACCGCCGCGCUCCACCAAUCUACACGAGGCGCUCCGAAGAUUGCUCCUUCGGGCAAUAGUGACCUUGAACCAGCAACCUCCCAUUACUUUAGACUCGAGUCGACGAACUGUUCGGCUUUCUCCUUAUGGACCCUCUCAGUGAGUUUGGUUACAGGUAGCAGUGCCUAGUAGGGUGGAGAUCGGAUUUAAGUACACGUGAACUUUUUGGCACUCCCACCAUGUGUCAAAUGGUGUUUCUUGUUCCCUUUUCUAUUGAAAUUUGUAUGUUAUGUACAAAUUCAUUAAAAAUUUUCUUGUGCAAUGUCAAUAUUAUUCCGG